AUGUCAUCAUUUUUGAAUCAAAAUGUUCGUAUGGUACGAAAUAUUUCACGAAGUUCCUCACCAGAAAUUCCAAUACAAGGAAAUAUUCCGGAAAAUAUGAGAGGAGAACAUAAUGAUAGAUCGGAUGAGCAUGAUAGAAUUGAACGUAUUAGACAACGAAUGUUGGAAUAUCGAACAAUUUUACAAUGUUUACGAUCAUUACGGACAGCGGAAAAUAUGAGAUAUCGUACGAAGCAUAGGGCAAUGAAGGAAAAAUGUGAAAGAUAUAAGCAGGAAGUUGUUGAAGAACGAAGAUUAAAUGCUAAUUUUCAAGAAAGUUUUGCCCAUUUGGAACAACAGCUUAUUAAUUCCACUCAACGAUUAUUUCAUUUGCAAACGGAAAAUGAACGUGAACGACGUAAUAUGGGUCAUUUGGAAGAGAAUUUCGAGCAAACGAUUGAAAUAUUAACUCAGGUUAGAAAAAAAAAUGCGACAAAAAAUCGUCUCUUAAAUCGUACAACAAAAAAUGCUUUACAUGCAAAACGUAUUGCUGAACGGAAACUUCGGGAAGCAUUGGAAAAGUAUGAAGCAGAAGUUAAACAUGUCAACGAAUUAGAAGAUGUGACAAAAACGUUACAAUCAACGGUUCAACAAUUAAAAUUGGAAUUGGAACAAAAGGAACGAUUAUGUAAUGAUUCAAAAAAACGUUUAGCAAUACAUAGUGAAGCAGCAUCAUUAGCAUAUCGACAAAUUCAUGAAGCAAAUAAGAAAACUGCUGAGCUUGUAAAUGAAAAUGAGAAAUUACAUUCACAAUUUACCAAUACACAUACACAAUUAAUUGAUUCUCGUCAAGCACAUUGUAAAAUGGAAAUGGAAAUGAAUCGAAUUAAAUUAGAAAAUGCUAAACAUUGUGAUGAAUUACAAAAAAUGAAGCAAAUAAUUGAAGUUGAAAUGGCAUCAUUAAUUCAAAUUGUUGAACAAAAUCGUAUUCUUCUCAUACAAAAAGGAAAUGCAAUUAAUUUAUUAACAAAUGAAAAUUUGGAAAUUAAAAAACGAACACAACAAUUGGAAGAAGUGAAAAAAAAUAUGGAAGAAGCAAUUCGUAGUAGUGAAGCAGUCCUUCAAGCACAACAUCAAGAAUUACAAGUGUAUGAAGCAAAUCAAAAAAUUCGUGAACGUGAAAUAAAUAUGUUAAAAGUACGACAACAUGGUUUAGCAACAAAUCGUACUGUAAUGCUUGAACAAGAAGCUGAACAAUUUCAACAAGUUGUUCAUCAUUCUGUUUGUCGUGUUAUUGGAUUUCGUAAUCAAAUUGCAUGUAUGCUUGAAAAUGCUGAUAAAUUUCUUAGAAUUAUGUUCCAAGAAAAUGCAACAUUUUUGCAAGUAGAUGGAUUGAACGUACAAGCGAACUAUGUUCCUACACAUGAUCAAGUUAUUGAGCAGAAUCCAAUGAAUCAGAAUAUGCUUGGUGGACGAAUGCAGAAGAAUUAUGUAUUUCCGAGUGCGCCUUCACAUAGAGUUAUGAAUGAUGAUGUUGAAUUACCGGGACCUUCGAAUCGUUAUCAUCAUGGACAACAGAAUAUUCCGUUACAUGGCGAUGAUAUUAAUGAGAUAAAAAUCAAAAUAUGCUAA